CUCCAACGGACGGGGUGAGGACGAGCGAGCGCAGGCGCCGCAGCGGCUGCCGCGCCGCGCCCACCCUCCUCCCCGACCUUUCCAUUUCCCACUCCUCUAUUCCAACCGCCAAAGCCCCCCAACGCCACCAGGAACAACCAGGCCCCCUUCUUCCCUCCUCCCCCGAAAUUUCAUCUCCGCUCCAAAAUGGCGGACUCCCAGGUGGAGGCGAUGAGGAAGGAGUUCGCGAGGAUCAUGCUCAACAUGGCGCAGGAGUCGGCGGCGCGGGUGCUGGCGGCGGAGCGGCGCGCGGCGGCGCUCGCCGCCGGGCUCGAGGCCGCAAAGGAGGACGGCGUCGCCGCGCUCCUGCGGCUCAAGGCCAUCAUGGAGGCCAGGGUUAAAGAGGUAGAACUGGAAUCUUCGGUGCAUGUUAAAAGGAUCAAGGAACUAGUAGAGCAAUUGCAUGGUGCACAAAAUACUAUGGCCUCUCUUAAAGUUGAGUUGCAUCAGGCGAAUGAUGAAUUAGAGCAGACAAGGAGAACCUUAGCUGAGGCAAGAAUAAAUGGCCUUCCCACAUACAAGGAAGCUGAUUCUAAUAAAGACACCAGCCCUCGUUCUAAGAUACAUCAACAAGGAGGAAGUAUAUUGUUGAAGAAUAAAAAGAAUGCAGAGGACUGUGAUGACGCUUGCCUUGUUCCUAUAGCCGCAAAGGAGAAUGGAGCAGUGGAAAAAUUGGACAUAAAUCGUUGUAGUCCUGAUUUGCCAUCAUUUAUGGAAAGAAAUAAGAAACCUAAGUUCAAUCAUAAUGGGUGUACACAGCGUAUCCAUGCACUUAAACAGCAGGCUCAAGGAACAGAUGCAUCCGUGAAACAAAAUCAGAAGCAGGCUACAGUAUUAAAUAGUUGUUCAAAGACCAGACGCAAUAAUGAUGCUAAAAACCCAUGCCACACAAGGUCCAUCAUGGAAGAGAUACUUCAAACGAAAUUUCUAGGUAAGUACAAGCGCAAGAGAGACAGAAGAAGCAAGCCUAGUUGUAAGUUUGAUAAUUCUACUAGUGAGCAUGGGGAAGCAGAAGACAAGUUAUCUGAUACAUCUGAAGGAAAUGGGUGUUUGCUGCUUCUUCAGGCUCUUGAACAGGAACUAUCACCUCCUAAGAUUUCUGCUGGACAUGCUAAAGAGGCCUUAAGUGAUAUGAACAAAGACUUAAAAAUAGGCAGGAGGGAUGCUGGCUUAAAUCAGGGUAUUGCUUUCCCUGAACUUCUUGAUGUCCUUGCAAUGAACAACAUGCAAGUGAAAAAGAGAAAAAGAACAAAGACCAUCAGAGUUUUGGAAGAUGAAUUUUCUGAUUCGAAAAGUGUUCCUAGAUCUGCUAACACCCUGCUUAGGACAACCAUUGAUAAAAGCAUGUCUGAUAAUGAAUUGAUAUCUGAGAUGACAGAGAAUUGCUCAGAUACACCUGCCAAAGACAAUGGUCCUUCUCUAAAAUAUGCUAAUGAAAACUUUAUGCAUCGGACUACUGCAGAUAAUGGUCAAUUUUAUCCUGAAAAGAGCUGUGCAGUGAUCCUUGUAUCGACCAAAAGUGAAGCUGUAGAUUAUGGCAACUUAGUGGUGGACCAGCUACAGCAGAGAACACCAAAUACUAAUACUACAAGCCGGAAAGAAGUUUCUGAGGAAGGAAGCUGCAGUUUGGCUUCACAUAAGGCUGGCGCUUCUACUGUUAUUUCCUUGGACAAAGAAGAAAAAUUGAAGGCAUCUUCUGGACUUCCCAUGCAAGCUUUAGAUAAAACUGAUGCUUCGAUUGGCAUCUCCCUGAACAAAGAAGAGCAUGCAAAGACAGCUUCUGGAGCCUCCAUGCAAACUGAAGGAGCUAGACAUAUCAAAUACACAUUCAACCGCAGGAAGCGCAAGUGUGUGUCUAUAUAUAGCACCCCUCAGUGUGCUGUCCCCGAGAAGAGUAGCGACCUGGGUAGUCCACCUAACAAGCAAAAUCCUCAUCUAGAUCCUGUGAUGCAAAAUCAUCCAAUGGGUUCUCCUCAAGGCAACAACAAUCUAGUCCAUGUUGCCCAACAGCUCAUUUUGUUGUCAGAGCGUAAGUGAUGUGAGUUUUGAUACAUAAAGCUAAAGAAAGGAUUGGUUUGGUGCCUCGGUGGCAUAUUAAAUGAGUUUUGUAAUAUUCUAAUCCAUUCCAUUUCUUCCUUGGAGGAGUAGAAUAGUUCUGGUGGUGACAACGGAGAGAUCAAGAGAGCAGCUCAUCCUGAUAGUUGUUACUUCAAAAAAUAGUUAUUACUGUAGUAGAGUAUAGAUUAGACAGUAAGUUAAACUGUUACAUAAUUGUUGAUGAAUUUGAAAUUAUUGUUUUAAGUAGGUGAUGAAUUUUGAUUUAUAAUAGUGUUAUCGAGUUAUUAGAAUGCAAAAUGAGAAGAAUCGCUCCCUGGAGCAGAAAGGUAUUUAAAGUUUAAACCAA